AUGCUGACCGUUCAGAGAAGCUUCCUGCGGCGAGUCCGCCGCAUCACUAGCCCCCAAAGAGUGGCGCCGCAUCGCCGCGCCAGUCACGCUCAAUAUUCCACCAAGUUCGACCAAGAGACAGAUGUGGUCAUCUGCGGCUCGGGCGGCGCAGGCCUGCUUGCCGCUCUGCGGUGCAGUGCCCUGUCGCUUCGGUCCGUCAUCCUGGAGAAGACAGACAAGAUUGGCGGCACAACGGCCCUGUCGGGCGGCGCCAUGUGGAUACCCAACAACGCAUACCAUGAGGCCCGGGGCGAGGACGACAGCCUCGAUACAGCUCUUGAGUACAUGAACCACUGCAUAGGCGAGGCCGGCCCUGCGUCAUCCGCAAGACGGAGGCUGGCCUUUGUGCAGCACGCCCCUCGCAUGCUCGACUUCCUCCGGGAGACGGGAUUCCAGGGGCGGGCGUCUGGCCGGUAUCCCAACUACUACCCAGACCUCCCGGGCGGGCACAUCAAGCGCAGCGUCGAGUCGGCCCUGUUCGACACCCGAAAGCUUGGCCGGGACUGGCGUGCUCUCGUCCGCCGCGGGCCGAAGUACCCUCCAGUCCACACCGAAGAAGCGUCGAGGCUGUUCCGCUCCGCCACGUCGCUGUCCAACAUGCUCCAUGCGGCCAAGAUCAUCGGUCUCAGGGGUCUCGGCCGAAAGGCCCUGGGCCAGCUCCCCGUCACCAUGGGGCCCGCGCUGGUCUUCCAGCUGCUCCAUCUCAACCUCCAGCAGCAGCAGCAGCGGGGCGAGCGCUUCGACCUCUGGCGCAACAGCCCGCUGAUGGGCCUCAUCCUCGACGACGACGGCCAGAGUGUCAUCGGGGCGGUUGUGCACCGCGGGGCCGAGAAACAGCCGAUACGGAUCCGCGCCCGCCGGGGAGUGCUCCUUGUCGCUGGGGGGUUCGCCCGCAACGUGCAGAUGAGGCAACAACACCAGGAGGGCCCCGUCAGCGAUGCGUGGACGUUGACGCAGGAGGGCGACAUGGGUGAUGCCAUCCGCAUCGGGACGCAUCCCGUGCACGGCGUCGAGGCCCAGGUCGCCCUCAUGGACGAUGCGUGGUGGGGGCCAUCGGCCGUCGACCCCAGGUCCGGGCAGCGCUUCUUCCUCGUCUACGAGCGGGCGCUGCCGCACAGCAUCAUUGUCGACGGCGGCGGCGACCGCUUCAUGAACGAGGCGCAGCCCUACACCGACGCCGUCCACGCCAUGUACGAGCGCAACCGCUCCGUGUCGACGAUACCGGCGUGGAUCGUCCUGGACGCCAGUCACCGCCGCAGGUAUCCAUUCGCAUCUCUGCUCCCCGGUCGCACCCCAAACUCCGCACUACAGUCCGGCUUCGUCUACAAAGGCGCCACCCUGCACGACCUGGCGGGCAAGAUCGGCGUGCCACCCGCGAGGCUGGGCGCGACCGUCGAGCGGUUCAACGCCAUGGCCCGGCGCGGCAAGGACGACGACUUUGGCCGCGGCGGAAACGAGUACGACCGCUUCUUUGCAGACGAGGCCGUCAAACCCAACGGGAACCUCGGCCCGAUCGAGACGGCGCCGUUCUACGCGUUCCAGGUGCACCCAGGGGACCUGGGCACAAAGGGCGGCCUGCUCACGGACGACAACGCCCAGGUCAUCAACACCCGCGGCGAUCCCGUCGGCGGCCUCUACGCCGCGGGCAACACGACGGCGUCGGUGAUGGGGAGAUCGUAUCCUGGGUCGGGCUCGACUUUGGGACCUGCGUUGACUUUUUCAUACAUUGCGGUGAACCAUAUGGCUCGCGGGGUCGGGGCGUCCAGCGAUCCCAAACUCAGUUGA